UGCCCGCCCGGCAGCGGGCGGGUCUCGCCUGGGUCCCGUCACUUUUCCUUUCGCUUUGCCCCGUGCGGUCCCAGAGCACCGCGCUGACGGGACCGGGACCGGGACCGGGGCAGACACAGGGGAGGGCGGUGCAAGAUUUUUAGUGCUGCCUUUCCAACAUACUGGUUUUGGUCCACACUGACAGGAUUACAAAGCAUCUUGAAAGCAUGAUGGAAGGAAAUCAAUCCGGUCCUGUGACCGCACAGGAUGAAGACCAACGUGGAGAUCAAGGUGAUACGGUGGAUGCAAGGCCAGACAGAAGUUCCAGACUCUCCUGGUUUGAAAAAAAAAAGAAGAAUGGACUGGAACAGCAGCCAGAGGUCCCUGUCAGUAACCAGUGCCGAAUUGUUAACCCAACAUUCAAGUAUAAUAUGGACUACAAGAAAGUUGGCAAAUGUAUUAUUAUAAACAACAAAAAUUUUGAGGACCAAACAGGUAUGGGUAAACGCAGUGGCACUGAUAAAGAUGCUGGAGCGCUUUUUAAAUGUUUUAGAAGCUUAGGAUUUGAGGUUGAUAUAUACAACGAUCAAUGCCGUGAUGAUAUGAAGAAAUUACUCAAACAAGCUGCGGAUGAGAACCACGAUGAUGCUGCCUGCUUUGCCUGUAUCUUUUUAAGCCAUGGGGAAGAGGGCUACAUUUAUGGCACUGAUGGAAUGUUGGAAAUCAAGGAUCUGACCACAUUCUUCAGAGGAGACAAGUGUAAAACUCUGAUAGGCAAACCCAAAUUAUUUUUCAUCCAGGCAUGUAGAGGAUCUACAUUUGAUGACGGGAUACAAACAGAUUCUGGACUUGCAGACGACACAGAGGUAACAGAUGCGAAUCCCAGAUACAAGAUUCCAGUAGAAGCAGAUUUUCUGUUUGCAUAUUCCACAGUGCCAGGUUAUUUUUCCUGGAGGAACCCAGGGAGAGGCUCAUGGUUUGUGCAGUCUUUGUGCUCCAUACUAAAUGAUCACGGGAAACAACUUGAGAUAAUGCAGAUCCUCACCAGGGUCAACUACAUGGUGGCCACAAACUAUGAAUCACAGUCAGAUGACCCCCGCUACAGCGAAAAGAAGCAGAUACCCUGUGUGGUCUCCAUGCUCACUAAAGAACUUUACUUCUGAAAGUAUAUUCAAAGGGUUGAUGUUAGGGCACACUUUUUUCCCCCCAAGGAGAUUUGAUUGUACACUCAAUGCAUAUCUCAUGUAAUAGCAGAUACAGAUUUGUACUGGCUUCUUAUAUUUGGAAAAGGUGAUGUAUCCGAUUGCUGAGCCCUAAUUAAGGCUUUAUAGGAUGAAAAAGCAACUCUGGACCAGACCUUCAGCUGAUGUAAAGUCCAUAACUCCAUUUUCGUAUAUAUAUAUAG